GGAGUUGGUGGUGCGGUGCGGGUUCUUGGGAACGAACGUCUUGGGCGCGGGUAAUCAGCUCCCUUUCCCCUUUCCUCUUUCCCCCACCUCUACUCGGCUCUUGCGAUUAUCGCGGAGCUUCCGGACCUGAUGCGGGCACUCAGUUGUGGACUGUCUCACCUGCUCCCCUACUGCGCCGGGUGCUCCCGCGCCCAGACUGGUAUCCGGGGACUGUGACUUGCAGGGUCCGUCAUGGAGCCAGAGCAGAUGCUGGAGGGACAGACGCAGGUUGCAGAAAAUCCCCAUUCUGAGUACGGUCUCACGGACAAUGUCGAGAGGAUAGUAGAAAAUGAGAAAAUUAAUGCAGAAAAGUCAUCAAAACAGAAAGUGGACCUCCAGUCUUUGCCAACUCGUGCCUAUCUGGAUCAGACAGUUGUGCCUAUCUUAUUACAAGGACUUGCUGUGCUUGCAAAGGAAAGACCACCAAAUCCCAUUGAAUUUCUAGCAUCAUAUCUUUUAAAAAACAAGGCACAGUUUGAAGAUCGAAACUGACUCAUUGGGAAGAACAGAACAAUUUGGUUUCUACUGUAGAUUUACAAGAUUAAGAGGCAGCUUUAAUUGCCAUGAUUGCCCCCUCCCUUGGAAGUAUAAGAACCUUCAUGACAGCAGAACUUAUUUCCAGAAUUACAGAGAAAAACAUACGUCCCUUAUUGAUUUAAUCACAUACUAUUUAAUGAGUGUAUUCGGUGCAAUUUUUCUCAGAUUGUCUUUAUCUUUGUUUUUAAAAUGACCCUCAAAAUAAACUGUUAAAACAUUA